ACAGGCUAAAAAGAAACUCCGAUGGUCUUUUGAACAACAAAAAAUUGCAGUGCAGUAGUCCCAGCAAACUCACAUUCCAACUUAAUCAUGUCUGGAGUCAACCGCCUACUCACCACUGUCUCCAAGUGGGCUAUCCCAGUUUCCAUCGUCAUUGCUGGUGCCCAAACAGCUCUUUACGACGUUCAAGGUGGAUAUAGAGCCGUUCUCUUCGACCGUAUACAGGGUGUCAAGCCUAUUUCUGCUGGCGAAGGUACUCACUUCCUUGUACCCUGGCUUCAGAAGGCAGUCCAGUUCGAUGUUCGAACAAAGCCUCGCAACAUUUCCACCACCACCGGUUCCAAGGAUAUGCAAAUGGUCACCUUGACCCUUCGUGUCCUCCACCGACCUGACCUUCAACACCUUCCUACCAUUUACCAAAAUCUCGGCACCGACUACGACGAGAGAGUUUUGCCUUCCAUUGGUAACGAAGUCCUCAAGUCUAUUGUCGCACAGUUCGAUGCUUCCGAGCUCAUCACUCAGCGUGAAAUUGUUUCGUCAAGAAUCCGUGAAGACCUCGUCAAGCGCGCCAGAGAAUUCAACAUUGAGUUGGAGGAUGUUUCCAUCACCCACAUGACUUUCGGUAAAGAGUUCACCAACGCUGUCGAACAAAAGCAAAUCGCUCAACAAGAAGCUGAACGUGCCAAGUUCGUUGUCGAGAAGGCUGAGCAAGAGAAGCAAGCUGCUGUUAUUCGAGCUGAAGGUGACGCCAUUGCUGCUGAAUUGAUUUCUUCCGCUUUGGAGAAGGCCGGUGAAGGUCUCGUCGAGUUCCGUCGUAUCGAAGCCUCCAAGGAAAUUGCAUCUACCCUUGCCCAAGCCCGCAACGUUACCUACUUGCCCAGCUCUGCUAACGGCCAAGGUUCCAACAUGCUUCUUAACGUUGGCAUGUAAAACGCUCCUUUAUGUGAUUAAAAAAAUAUAUAGAUCAUUUUUUCUUGUUUCAAUAAACACAUCCAUACGAUGCUUUUUAUUAUAUGCACAGCAGCAGUCACUUCCCCUAUUAUACAACUACGCGUCGUCGUUCACUUCACUAAGCUUAAAGAUCUUCCUUGGGCUUUUGCUGAGCCUUCUCCUUGCAAGUACAGAUUUGGUCCUUGGACAAACCAGCAAGAGCUUGGUCAAUAUGGCGACCACAGCCUAUCAGGUGA